UUGACAGUCUACGACGGCCCGACCAAUAGUUAUCCAAUUAUUCGUAAGGUAUGUGGCUUACAACAACGGCUGGAGAUUUACUCGUUCGGGACGAAUGCCUUCAUUGAAUUCAAUACCACCAGUCCAAGCAAAGCUGAUCCACGCGGGUAUGCAAUAGACUACGAAUUCUCAAAUGAGUAUGUUGAUGUGCUGGAACUAAUGGGAAACCAAAAAGGGAUAACCCACUUACGUGGUUCCGAGUGCGACCUACGAGUGGAAAGUAAUAGGGAAACAACACACUUCAUCCAAUCACCGAAGUACCCAUUGAUGUAUCCAGCGAAUACAACAUGCACAUUUAUCAUCGAUGGCUUACAAGGGGAGCAGAAUUUGGAGAAAGUUAUUCUUACAUUCGAGAAGUUUGCUGUCUUGACCGAAACGUUUGUAAGGUUGCUAUCUUCUUCGGCAGUGGUUACUAAUACAUUAAUCAAGUAGGG